UGAGGUAACGGGAUAACAAGUAUUUGUUUGGUAUAAAUAGCAUAGAUAUUUGGGCGGAGCGCGUACUAAUAUUUGAAGAUUGCGACGGAGCAUAGCUGUGCAAGGCAAGCGAGCGAGAAAAUUGAAAACAAAAUAUCAAAAUAAAUUAAAAGAAAAAAUGUGAAUAAUAUGAUAAGAAAAAAAGUGUCAGAAGUUUAUUGAAGAAACGUGCAAUAUUUUUUUGUUUUUAGUGCCAAAAAAUUUGUAAAGGCAAAAAGUGUAGCAGAAAUUGGUUGAGAGAUGCGGCUUUUUAAGUUCAAAGAUAAUAACAAAAUACAAAAAUAAAUAAUACUACCAGGCAGUAUAAAUGUAAAAGCCUUAACUGGAAGAAAAUUCUUGAGCAGUCAGCUGUAUAUACUGCGCCUUAAAAUAGGCAACUACUAAGGAUUAGCUACACAAAACAAAAACAAAAAAAAAAAACAAAGCGCCUUUUAUAAAUACACACACGCAGUGUACACACUUGCUUUUGAAUGUAAUCAGCAUGGAGGGCUAUCAGGACAUGAGCGAGUUGGAAAAGUCGGUCGCUCACGCGGGUACCCAACUCUAUACGGUGGCGCACAAAUUGCACGAAGUCGAAACGACAUUGGACCACACCAGCAGCCUAGACGAUGUGGAUGGCGUUUGUGUCAUGGAACUGCUUGAGUCAAUGGAAGAGGUCAAGGCAGAAUAUCAUCAUCUGGUGCAGAAUUUACGUGAGGUGCACCAGUUGCAGCGUGACGUCACCACAUCGAUACGCUUUCAAAUGCGUAGCAUGCAGCAGACAUUCGAAUCGCUUAAGAAACGCAUCGAGUUGCGUGUCACACAGAAUUAAGUUGGAAAACCAAUUUUGAUGACUAUUGAAGUGCUGAAUUCACGCUGAAUACGUAAGGCAAAAAAUUAGGGACAUAAAUAUGUAAUAUUUUGGUAAAUUUAAGAUAAUAUGUUAGACAGGCAUUGCCGCUGAAUAAGAUAAUUUAGGAAAAAUAUAAUUGUUUUUAUUUAUACUCACGAAUCAGUAGCAUCGGUAAUUCUUUCGCAGAAAAGGAGGCUGAAUAAGGUAUUUAGUUUCUUAUAUUCCUAAAGUUGUUUCACAAGUCAUGAAAUGUGCUUUCUUCAUUAGAAAAAACUCUUUCUUAGCAUAAAAAAGGCGCUGAAUUAGCGCUGAAUACGAUAAUUUUGACAUAUUUCUGAUUUGUGUUAUCUAUAAACAUAAGACAUUAAAUAUACUUUAAGUCAUAUGUACAUAAAUAGGUAUUUCUGAUCUAGAAAAUAGUCUAAAACCUAUAUAAAAACGUUUUAUUAAAACCAAGUAAAAAAUUAAUGCCUAAUUAUCCAUAAGAAAUUGUUAAGAAACCAAGGUAUCAAAAAUUAUUAUAUAUCAGAUAUGAUUUGUGCAUAUUUAUUUUUUA